GGUGACGGCCGAUGGCUGAAGUCUCUCGAUUGUGCUCGGAAACCAGCGGCUAUUGCUAUUAGCUUUAGCUGCCUAGCCGCGAAAAAGCAAAUAUACGCUUCUUCCAGUGGCGCCGGAUUUAAAAACACGCCUUCAAACACAAUUUCUCACACAAGCCCAUGGCAAUCAGAGGGGCGAUGGUCCAUGAACGCUCAUGGACACACAGAAAGCGACUCGUCCAUCACCAGCAGCAACAGGCACUGGAGCCCAGAUAACACAGUGAAACCGAUAAACCAUGAUCCCCAUCACUGAACUGCGGUACUUUGUGGACACUCAGCCGGCCUACCGCAUCCUGAAACCAUGGUGGGACGUGUUCACGGACUAUAUCUCCAUCGUUAUGCUCAUGAUCUCGGUGUUCGGAGGGACUCUGCAGGUCACCCAAGACAAGAUGAUCUGCUUGCCCUGCAAGUGGGUGGUCGAUCAGACCUGCAAGAAGAACUUAAAUUCCACAUUAACUACACCUUUUUCAUGGGAGCCCAAAGGAAUCCAGUAUGAUUUGGACCGGCACCAGUACAACUAUGUAGACGCUGUGUGCUAUGAAACUAGAUUGCACUGGUUUGCCAAGUAUUUCCCAUACCUGGUGUUACUCCAUACCCUUAUUUUCCUAGCCUGUAGCAACUUUUGGUUCAAGUUUCCCCGCACUAGCUCCAAACUAGAGCAUUUUGUUUCCAUCUUACUGAAGUGCUUCGACUCACCGUGGACCACUAGGGCUCUGUCAGAAACGGUGGUGGAAGAAAGUGAUCCAAAACCAAUGAAAAUGAACGGCUCAAUGGAGCACAAGGAGUCUGUGAUCAGCGAAGACGUGGAAGCCAGUGUUCCUAUGCUCCAGAGGACAAAGACGCGCCUUGAGCAGGGCAUUGUCGAUCGAACAGAGACAGGGGUUUUGGAUAAGAAGGAAGGCGAACAGGCGAAAGCACUCUUUGAAAAAGUCAAGAAGUUCCGAAUACACGUAGAAGAAGGAGACAUCGUAUACAGGCUGUACAUCCGUCAGACUAUUAUCAAGGUCAUCAAAUUCAUUUUGAUAAUUUGCUAUACAGGGUAUUAUGUGAAUGAUAUCAAGUUCAGCGUGGACUGCAAUGUUGAUAUAGAGAGUCUGACUGGUUACAGCGUGUAUCGCUGUGCUCAUCCAUUGGCUACACUUUUUAAAAUCUUGGCCUGUUUUUACAUUAGCUUAGUUGUGGUGUAUGGCUUCAUCUGCAUGUAUACACUGUGCUGGAUGCUGCGACGCUCUCUCAAGAAGUAUUCAUUUGAGUCAAUACGAGAAGAGAGCAGCUACAGUGACAUACCUGAUGUUAAGAACGACUUUGCAUUCAUGUUGCAUAUGAUAGAUCAGUAUGACCCACUGUACUCCAAACGCUUCGCCGUGUUCCUCUCAGAAGUGAGCGAAAACAAACUGAGGCAGCUCAACCUCAACAACGAGUGGACGCUAGACAAGCUCAGGCAGAGGAUAACCAAGAACUCUCAAGAGAAGCUGGAGCUGCACCUUUUCAUGCUAAGUGGCAUUCCAGACACAGUAUUUGACCUAAUGGAGCUGGAGGUUCUCAAACUGGAGCUUAUACCAGAUGUGACUAUCCCGCCGAUAAUCGCUCAGCUCGUCAAUCUGAGAGAGAUGUGGCUUUACCACACCCCAGCCAAAAUUGAAGCUCCGGCGUUGGCUUUUUUGCGGGAGAAUUUGAAGUCACUGCACAUCAAAUUCACAGAUAUCAAAGAGAUUCCUUUAUGGAUUUACAGUUUGAAGAAUCUUAGUGAGCUUCAUCUAACCGGGAAUCUGAGCGCUGAGAACAACCGCUACAUUGUCAUCGAUGGACUGAGGGAGCUCAAAAGGCUCAAGGUUCUCCGUCUAAAGAGCAAUCUCACCAAGCUGCCUCAGGUGGUGACCGACGUAGGCAUGCACCUCCAGAAGCUGUCCGUCAAUAACGAAGGCACCAAGCUAAUGGUGCUCAACAGCCUGAAGAAAAUGGUCAAUCUGACCGAACUAGAGCUGAUCCGGUGCGAUCUCGAGCGCAUACCACACUCCAUCUUCAGCUUGCACAAUUUGCAGGAGAUCGAUUUGAAAGACAACAACCUGAAGACCAUCGAGGAGAUCAUCAGUUUCCAGCACCUGCACAGGCUGGUUUGCCUUAAACUCUGGUAUAAUCAGAUUGCCUAUAUUCCCAUUCAGAUUGGCACUCUGAUCAACUUGGAGAAACUGUACCUGAACAGAAACAAGAUUGAGAAGAUUCCAAGCCAGUUGUUUUAUUGCCGUAAGCUUCGCUUUCUGGACCUGAGCCAUAACAACUUAACCAAUAUCCCACCUGACAUUGGCUCCUUGCAGAACCUUCAGUACCUUGCUGUGACUGCCAAUAGAAUUGAGAGCCUGCCCAAUGAGCUGUUCCAGUGCAAGAAACUGCGCACUUUGAACCUGGGCAACAACUGCUUGCAGUCUCUGCCGUCACGCUUCGGCGAGCUGACCGGACUGACACAACUCGAGCUGAGAGGCAACCGUCUGGAGUGUCUGCCCGUGGAGCUGGCCGAGUGCCGUCAGCUCAAGAGAACUGGUCUCGUUGUGGAGGAAGACCUUUUUAACACCCUACCAACGGAGGUCAAAGAACAGUUGUGGAGGACGGACAAAGAGCAGAUCUGAACGUAGCCAUGAGUUGAUAGUUACUAACCUGGGAGGCCAGUCACAGAAGCAACCGCCCCAACCCACAGAUGGUAUGGUGUCAUGAAGAGCCAAUAAGAAAGGGCAAAGAUUCACCAGUGUGGCACAGUUUUUGUUCUUGUAGUGCUUAGCUUCCCAGAUGAUUUUGGACAUAGACUCUGACUCACUAAUGAGGCUUUUUAGCAAUAAUAAGAGAAUACUUUAUUGAUCCCAAAGGGAAAUUGGAGAUUCAGUGCCAUUGUGAUGUUUGUUUACAUUUUAUGCAUCUCAAUGUUGGUGGAGAAUUUUAAGUAUGCAAAGUGAUAGGGCAACUAGACUGAGUGUUAUUGUUUUAGGUUUUUUUUUAAUUUUAUUUUAUUUUUUUUACAAUUCACAACAACUGAAGAGGACAUUGUUCUGUAUUCUUGGACUUGUCAUAUCAGGGAGCCACUGAGAUGCCAAGGUGACCCUGCAUGGUCUUUGUUUUGUAUUCAGAAUCAUCUUUAUUUGCCAAGUAUGUCCAAACACAUUAAGUCAUUGUAUCCAGCGGACUUAGUGUUGGAAUACCAAUGGACAACAAGUUGAUUCAUUUGAAGGACAUUAUUAAGCAGGUCAAAGGUAUGUGACCAUUAAGCUCAUUAUAUCAUGUACGCUGUCAAGUUGACAAUCAUUUACGUUUGACUCAAAAAUAAUGUGCCAGCUCCAUGUAACCUCCAUUUGCUUGUACCCCCCCCCCAAUUUGAGGAAACCUUCCAGUACUGAAUUCCAGGCUUGUAAGCAUAUACUGUAAAAAUAUUUAGAAAGAAAUGUGAGUGAAAGGUUUGAUCUAAAGCAAUUAAUAUAUGAGAAAAUGUGUGUGAGUGCAUGUGCAGUUAUAGCUUGUUGCUCGGUCUGGGUGGGGAACCUGGCCCAUGAUUGUUUGAUCCAGCCCACAAUGCAAUUCUAAAAACAAACCUCUGAGGAACAGUAAUAAAAAGCUUCAACUGCUCACUUUUUGGUGCAUUAUUGUAUUAUAUUUUCCCACAAAUGAAAUGCCCAAUAAUUUGAA